GUGUGUGUACAAUUAAUAUAUAAAUGAAUGUGUUUUCGACUAGGGUCAUCGUCAUAAUCGUGUUUCGGGGGUUAAUAAACCUUCUCAUCGUGGCAACUGAAGAAGUCCUUCGUUUCGAGUAUAAGUGAUAAGCGUAUCCACCACAACAAUCAGCGAAGACCAGAUAUAACAAGUAGCGUCAAAUCGACAAGACAUUUCAGUAGCGAUGGGGUUCAAACAAAGGAACCGAGUUCAACCAGUAAUUGGACGAAAAUCACUGUAACUAUUUUGGACAAUCAGCAUACAGAAUGGUCGUCGGUAUCGUUGAACGACAUUGGUUAUUAAUAAGUCAUACAGUAUUUUUCAUUAGCAUGAUGAUUCAUAAAGAAAUAUAAAAUGGCUCUCCCUUCCGAUCAAUCACAGUUGCUAUAUCAGCGAUAACAGCAGUGUUUUAAAAAGAAUCAGUUUGAAUUUAUAGACAAAUUACACACACGUUUGCUGAAUCAUCCAUACUAUGGAGAUGUGACGGAAAUUAUUGAGUUCAUUUCUAAAUUGGGUACAGAAUUGGAAAAUGAUUGCAUAAUGAAUUCAUGUGUCAGUGAAGGCCUCCAUAAAUCCUUUUUAGCACUAAUACAUGUCAAAUGAAUAUAUUUGUAUUUCCAUGUUGCCAAUUAAAACUCAAAUCCCGAUAUUUGCCAUUAACUACUACCUGUUUUAAUUAUUCUUAUGAUAGUUCAAAGUUUAAAUCGAAUAGUGUUACUAUUAAGUGGCCGUUUUAUUCAUUAUUUGAAAGAAACAAAAAAAACUCAAUUUUGUUAUUAAAAAAUUUAUGUUCACCUUGUCGAAACAAUUCUAUUCAAUUCCGUAUUCAUAAGGUCAUAAGAUCAAGGAGAUAAUACUCAGAUACAUAACGACACGUGUAUACCACAACACAUCAACAAAUACGUCUACAGUAAAUCCUCAGGUAUUGGAAGAUUUAAAUUUGUACAUCUUUCUUUAAAGAAGAAUUCAGAUCGUUUUUUUUUCUGCAUUCGAGAACUUAUUUUCAUGGUUCAUAUUAUUUUUGGAAAUAUCAAAGAAAGGAAUUAAGUUUAUUGGGACAACAACAAAAAAAAACUAUUUUUUUCACUGAUUACUUCGUUUAAUUAAUUAAAACUCCUCAUCAUUAUCACAUGCCAACAUCGAAUGAAACAUACAUCUAUCCUGAUCCAUGCCCACAACAACAACAAACGACUAAAAUGCGUUCACCUAAUUCAAUUGAACAAAAUCGUACAGAAUCAAUGAAAGAUUUAGCGGAUUGUGUUGAACAAAAUGGUGGUCUUAGGGGAUAUUUAUCUAAUGAAUCCAUUCAAUGUUCCAAUAAUAAUAAUAACAAUAAUCCAAAGCCAGCUAGUAUAAACGUAAAUACAACAAUGAGUAGUAUGAAUGAUAUCACAAUGACAUCGGAUCAGCAUAGCAGUAGUAAUAGUAUCACAGGUGGUGGUGUUACUGGUAGUGAUGGAGAUCGAGAUGGAGGUGGUGUUAAUCAAUUUGGCAAGAAAUUUUCAAAAACCAAUUAUUCCACACACAAUCACCCUCAUCAUCAUCAAUCACAAUUACAUCAAAAUGGCAAUGCGAGUACAGGAGCUGAGAAAAUGUCAAGAACGAAUUUAUACAUAAAAGGAUUACCAGAAAAUUUUGAUGAUGAACAAUUAUGGCAAUUGCCACCGGAUCAAACAAAAAUCAAAUCAGUAAAAGCAGCCACUGAUGAGGAUACCAAAUGUCGGGGAUAUGGAUUUAUUGAUUUUGUCUCUGAAGAUGCUGCCAAUGAAGCAUUACAACAAAUUAAAGAAACUCAUCCAUCAUUUACAAUUAAAUUUGCAAAGGAAAAUGAAAAAGAUAAAACCAAUCUAUAUGUGACAAAUCUUCCAAGAACAUGGACAACAAAAGAUAGUGAUCAGUUGAAAGCAGUAUUUGAACGAUUUGGUCAUAUACAAUCAGCAUUUGUUAUGAUGGAACGCUUAACCAACAAAACAACUGGUGUUGGUUUUGUACGGUUUGUCAAUGAACAAGAUGCGGUGAAUGCUUUAGAAUCUUUAAAAUUGCAUCCACUCACUUUACCUGAUUGUUCUGUUCCAGUCGAAGCGAAAUUCGCUGAUAAACAUAAUCCAGACACAAGAAGACGACGUUAUCCUGUCACAGCGACAACUGCAGCAGCCGCGGCAGCCGCAGCUGCUGCCGCCGCUGCCUCAGCAACAAUGAUUGCUAAUGUUAAUUAUAAUAAUCUAUUGAAUUGUCCUUUAUAUACAACACCGAAUGGUUUAACAUUAACAUCACAUGAUGCUUUAGCUUCAUUAUUAAAUACAGGUUUAGUUAGUCCAUCGAUUGUCAAUAGCCAAUUAGCAAAUUUCUCCGCUUUACAACAAAAAUCCACAACAGAUUUUACGUCACGUUUUAAUUCCGACUUAUUGAAUGGUUUUAUACAACCAACUAAAUUUUCUAAUGAUUCAUCGAUCAAUACUACUUGUAAUAAUACCACUAAUAUUAGUCAUUAUAAUCAUAACAAUAGUAUAAAUAACAAUAAUACUAAUAAUGCUAAUGGUUUAGUUACUGAUUUCAAUGGUAGCGGAACACGUGAAUCAAAUUUAGCUGCAUUGGCGGCUGCCGCAGCCGCUGCGGCAUCAACUAUAUUCUGUGGAUCACCAACAUCGAAUAAUUUCAUGAAUAAUUGUCUACGUUCUAAUCCUACUGUUAAUGGUACACCGAAUUUAAACGCCGGAUUAUUAUCCGCUAAUCAAAUUGCUCUACUUGGUACACCGACUAUUCCUUCUCCAGAUACAAAAUUAUUUGAUCCUAGUUUAUACGGAUGUUCAUUAUACGGGACUGAUUACUUUCGCCCACAACAACAAUCUCAUCAGCAUGCACAGCAACAGCAACAACAACAACAGUCUCAUCAACAAUCACAAAAACAACAACAACACUUACUCUCUGUUGCCAUGGCAGCAAUGACCAAUCCGACUUUACAAGGAUGUGUUUAUCCAACAACAGCUGAUUUAAAUACUACUUUCAAUGCAACUUAUCAAAAUUUUUUGAAUUCACACAAUUCAACAACUAUUCCAAUACAAACUGAUGCACUUGGUAAUUGUUUAACUGGUACACCAGAGAAUAUUACUUUGAAUGGUACAAUUUAUGCCAAUCAUCCUCAUCAAUCCCAACAACAACAAACACAACAACAAAAUAAUUUACUUCCGUCAACACCAAUUCCAGGUUCCAUAACACAUAUUCCUGAUGCAUUAAAUAAUAGUACUAGACCGGAAAGUGGAUUAUAUCAAUGGUUAAUACCAAGUCAUUUACUUAAAACUAACGGUAAUAAUAAUAGUAAUACUAAUAAUAAUACUAAUAAUGAUUGUCAUAUGACAAUACCGGCUUCACCAGCGUUUUCAUUGAACCCUGCCAAUCAUUUAAUUGGAUUAGAUAAAACCAAUCGACAUGUGCAAAUGUUAUUAUAAUCAAUAAGAAGUAUUCCGAUCAUGUUAAAACGAACUGAGUCAACAAAGAAAUCGGAAGUCUUUUUGGUUAUUCAAUUUCAAUAAUAAAGAAAAUAUUGAUAUCAUUCACUGUUCUUAAACAUACCUUUUCUUUCUUUUCUUUCUCUCUCUCUCUCUCUCUCUCUUUACCCUCACUGUUUGUUUACAAUCAUUAUUUCUUUGUGAAUAAAACUAGUUUCAUAUAACGAAAAAGUGAAUAAUUCUUGCUCAUAUUUCUGAAUAAGCAGACAACGUACAUACGUAUGCAUGUGUAAAGUUUGAGUGUGUGUGUGUGUGUAUUUGUGUGUGUAUGUGUGUGUGUAUUGGAAUGUGUUUGCACACAUGUAAGUGAUUUCUCAAAUUCAAUCUUGUAAUCAAUCACAUAAUCGAUAAUUAAACAGGCAGGUUUUAUUUUUUUUUUAAUGUGCAUUGAUCGAUGAAGCAUUUUACAGGUUUUUUUCUUUUUCAUUUUUGUUUGAUUUCUCCUUUUUUUUUCUUUCUUUCUGUAUGUGGAUCUCUUCAAGCUCUUCAAAGAUGAAUUAUUAUUAUUAUUAUUAAUUUCUUUCAUUAAUCAACGAAAUCAGUGAUAUGUGAUGUGUGUGUGUGUGAGUGCAUGUGAUUUCUUUUCUAUUCCGUUUUUUGUCUGUUAAUCAAUCAAUCAAUCAACUAAUCAAUCAAUCGAUUAUUUAUUGAUCAAUCAAUCCAUUUGAAGUUUCGAUUAUUUUGUAUGUCUGUGUGCACAACACAAUUUGUUGUUUAUUUAUUCAAUAAAUAAAAAAAUAAUUGUUUUCAUGAUCCAUCUAUUUUGAACAAUUUGCCUUUCAAGCACACACGCACACACACCAACAUACAUACACACACAUAUAUUAGACACAUACAAUAUGACCUGAACUGUUUAAAUUGUAACUGAAUCGAUAAGAUGGUGUUAAAAAUUGGAAGCUUGAAGCACACAACUUGUUUGUUUUUUAAAAUGCUCUAAAAGAGAAAACAACAACAACAACAACACUGAUUUAGUUGUCAAGCCAAAAAAAUAAUAACCGAUUUGUUUUUCUUUGGUUUCAUUCAAUAGAUAUAUAUAUAUAUAUAUAUAUAUAUAUAUAUAUAUAUAUAUAUAUAUAUAUUUUGUCUGUUGUUAUGACUGCCUUUAGUGUAUUGUAUAUUAUAUGAAUGUAUCGAAGAUAUGCACAGUUGUAAGUGAAGAGAUAAUGUUCCGAAAAUGGUUAAUCCAAAUAAAAAUAUGUAGGAAAUAUUUUUUCUGAAAAAAUACCCGUCAAACUAAAAUCCCCCCCUUUUUAUUAAACAAGAAAAGAAAGAAAAAAAAACAAUAUGGUGAUAGUUCAAGAGUGAAACCAUAGAAUAGAAUUGAAUUCAAUGAAAGGGAUUGAAAGGUACUCAAUCUUUUUUGUUUGUUUGUUUUUGCUUUUUAUGCAUCAAUCUAAAGGUGAAAUUGUUGUUUAUUUUCAUUUGUUUUAAACAAAUCUACUACUUUAAUGAACUUCAUCUUGUACUCUUUCAUUUUGUGUAAUAGAUGAUAUUACUUCUGUUUUUGUUUUGUGAGUAAGAUUAUUUUUAUCUUGUACAUGCGCAAGCGCAUACAAUUGUGUAUUUAAACAAAUGAAAUGGAUAUAUUGAAGAAAAUUUUUUUGUUAAGGAAGAAAAGUGGGUAAUUUUCUGUGAUCUGUUUUUCACAUGUUUGUCUGUUUUUAUGACAAGGAGAAAGAGAGGGAGAGAGUGAGAGAGAGAGAGAGAGAGAGGGAGAAACCGAGGUGAAUAACAAACUGUUUGUUUGUCUUUUUCUUUUUCUUCUUGUUUUUUUUGUUUUGUAUUAGUUUAUCGGAGAUUAUUGAUAGACAUUUAAAUAAAACAAAAUAAUCUUUUAUG